AUGCAGGCAAUCAAGUGCGUCGUCGUGGGCGAUGGAGCCGUCGGUAAGACCUGCCUGCUGAUCAGCUACACGACCAACGCCUUUCCCGGAGAGUACAUUCCUACUGUAUUCGACAACUACUCGGCCAACAUUCUCGUCGAUGGAAAGCCGAUCAACCUCGGUCUCUGGGAUACCGCCGGUCAGGAGGACUACGACCGACUGCGACCACUCUCCUACCCGCAAACGGACGUCUUCCUCAUCUGCUUCAGCCUGGUAAACUGCGCCUCCUUUGAGAACGUCCGCGCCAAGUGGUACCCGGAAAUCUCCCACCACUGUCCCAGUACGCCGAUCAUCCUGGUGGGAACUAAAACCGACCUCCGCGAGGACCCGAUUCAGAUUGAGAAGUUGAGAGAGAAACGGCAGAACCCGAUCUCCUACGCCCAAGGUCUGGCGCUGGCAAAGGAAAUCGGGGCGGUCAAGUACCAGGAAUGCUCGGCCCUCACUCAGCGAGGCCUCAAAUCGGUCUUUGAUGAGGCAAUUCGAGCCGUCCUCUGUCCUCGACCGAAGAUGAAGCCCAAGCGGUCUUGUAGCAUUCUCUAA